UGUGACAUAGGGAAUGCUUCCACAUCUCGUCGGCUAAGAGAGCCGUAAGAAAAGAAUUUUCUUAAUUAACUGUGAAUUGUUUUCUUGAUGCCAUAAUAUUUUUGACUAGUUUGAUUGGCCUAGUAAAUAUGGAGAUAAUUAUGUAGCCACUGGCGGCCAUGAUUUGAACCUUUUGCAGUAGUGCUAAAUGAGCUGCUCCGUCUUUCUCGCCAAAAUAAAUGAUGACUUGCACUUUUGAUUUGCAUCAAAAUGUUAGGCAGCAAUCAACUGUUAAGCACAUAACCUUUUAAAGUUUAAACAUUCAGACAUACUGUGUUGAACUUUUAAGCAAUCGCCAUCGCCCAAUAGAAUCUGAUAUCUCCACUGAUGUGAAACAUAUGGAAUGGCAAACAAAUUACACCAUUACAAGUCAGAGAAAGCAAACGGACUUCAUUCUUUUCCUCUAUCAGAACAUAUUCUCCUUUACCCUUUUAGCCUUUUUCCAUCCAACAGUGCCACACCUGGUAAUGGUAUUGACUUACAACACAAGGGACUCUUUUUGUUCUUCAUAGGUUUUCGUAUUGGAAAAAGGAAGACAACCAUUCUUUACAAGCUAAAGCUGGGAGAUCUGCUUAAAACCAAGCCCACAGUUGGUUUUAAUGUAGAGACCAUAGAGUGCAAAAAUAUAUGCUUUGAUAUAUGGGAUAUUGGAGGACAAAGCAAGAUUCGGCCGUUGUGGAGACAUUACUUCCUGAAUGUCCAAGGCGUGAUCUUCGUGGUAGACAGCACUGAUAGAGAAAGAAUCUCAGAAGCCCGCAACGAGCUGCAUUGGAUUUUGUCAGAUAAUGAACUAGCCAAUGCAUCACUAUUAGUCUUUGCCAAUAAGCAAGACCUGCAAAAUGCAAUGACCUCGUCUGAGGUUGCUGAUAAACUUGGAUUGCACUGUCUUGGACAGCGACCCUGGUACAUCCAGGGUACUUCUGCUCACUCUGGCUGUGGACUCUAUGAAGGUCUCGACUGGCUAUCCAAAAAUAUCUCCCUCAAGGCAGAAUCAUUCUCAUACAGCCACAUUCCUCAUCUUUUCUCCCACAGGAAUCACCAGAAUGAAAUUGAUUUGACACUCAUUGAGUUGGAAAAAGAGAUUGUAAUAUUUUGAAAAUCUGGCAUGAACUUUUCACAGGUUGCAAUUUUAGAAGAUGCAGAGUUGCUUUUCAUUGAGCGGACGCCCCUGCAAAUAGAUAUCAUUCACGGUCUGCAUCUGUGUAUUUAUAAGUUGACAGGUUUUUUUUUUUAUUUCAAUAAAUAUAAAUUUAGAAUUACAUCAUGACACUUCUUAUAUUCCAUCCGGUGAGAAAGGAAGCAUGGUGCUGUGGGAAAUCAUCUACUUUACGAUGGCAAUAUACAUAUGCCAAGAUUUCCCCCCAUUUAUGGCCAUUGAUUGUUUUCGCCUAGUAAAAAAGAGCAGUUCACACGCCACUGAAACCAUUAGAAAACAGAGGAAUGACAUUAAGAAGCUAAAAUUGACAAGUGUCCGAAAAUAGAAGCAAAUGUAAAAUGACUCCCUCCUGCCUCAAAAUCUCCAACUUGAACAAUUCAAACAACAAAAUUUCAAAGGAAAUAUAUGUGCAAGUUGGGCCUCUUUCUAUUAGGCAUCCAUUGAUAACAUGAUUGACAAUACUAGAUAAAAUAAA